UGAACCGUCGAACAACCCGGAACAUAAACACUGUGGGACGAAUCAUUAGCUUCAGUCCAAACAUUCUGAGCGGGUCGUUAGCUUCUGCUACAUGCAUCUUUUUACAGCCCAGACUUUGACAGAGAAGGAGAAGGAAGCAGGAAGAAGGAGAGUUUUCUUCUGUUUACCAGAGAGCGGGAAAUAAACAUGGAAGAUAUUUCAGAAGGAAACUGUACCUGCCUCCCUCUUCCUGCUUUGCGCCUCCUGGUCUCACCGAUGCGGCUGGUCUCGGCAGCGGUCUGGCAGACCAUCCAGCAGAAAGUUGUGGCCGAUUAUGGGAUGCUUGAGGAGUUUGUUUCCGUGGUUACAGACAUUGUCCCAGAGCUGCUCACCACCCACCAGAGGGCCCAACUGAUCCUGGGCCUCAGAGCACGGCUGAUCCUGGACUUGUGUCGGUUCGAAGCUUCUGCUGACUCUGAGAUCGUGCGGCAACACCUGGACAGGAUGCAGACCCUUAUCGAGGGGUGGGUGACAGAGGCUGGUGCUACAGACAUGGAGGCGCCACACUCUGACUUUGUGGAUCUUGUUAAGAACAUGCUGUCAAAUCCUGAAAACAGGGAAAACUUCUUUCAGAAAGUUUUCCCUGAAGAGUUUGGUCCCACGUUUGAUGAAGCUCUUCACUCCUUGAUGUGGCUGCUUCUGUCCAGACUUGAAAAGUUUCUUCCUCUUCAAACAUUCCAGCAGGUUGCCUCCGUGUUGGGUGAUGUGUCCUCUGUUCUGGAGGAGUGUAUGGAGUCUGUGUCGCAGUGUGAGGAGCUCAGAACAACGCUGCAGCAUCAAAAAUACCUCAGCCAGCAGGAUCACAAUGAUGGUUCCUUGGACGGUGCCUGCAUCAUUUCAGCUCUAAAGCUUCCCUCUGUAAAAACAACUGAGACACUAAAAACACAAGCACAAGACAAGAUCCUGGAUCAGGAGCCUUCAACACUGAGUCAUGCAAAACAACCUGACACAUUAGCAGAGCAUCAGACACGUGAGAUGAACACUGACAGAACUAAUUGGAUUCCUGAGGAAAGUGGAACAGCAGCGGUUUCUAGAGAUAUUACAAGACACGAGGAAAAUGUAGGUCUCCUUCAGAGUCAAGCAGAAGACGCAUGUCGGCUUCUAAAGCAGUGCUGCGUUCAGCUCAAGAGACUUGACGUGCCGCUGUCUCUGCAGUCUCGACCUGUGAGACGAAACAGAGGCCUGAAGAUGAAACAGAUUCUGCAGAGAGAGAAGAGGGCAUUUCGUGAAGAGGCUGUUGCCGCCGGCAGACCUGCUUCUAGGAAAACCAAACCGCUCCGCAGGGCUCCCCCAGGGCUGUCUGAUAAUGAGGAGUCAAGCAGCUUCAGAGAGGACUCGUACAUGGCUCCUCUCAGUAUCUGCAGUGAAGACGAUUCGUGGUCUUACUACUCAGAUGAGGACUCUUGCCAUAAGUCGACUAGUAGCAGUCCCAGUGUGGCGGAUUCGUGGUCCAACUACUCAGGUGAUGCUUCUUCCUUGGUGACUCCUGUCAGCAGUUCAGAUGAACAUGAUUCAUUGUCUAGCUGCUCAAAUGAGGAUCCCCCCUUCACAGGUCCCAAUAUUUUAUCAGCUCCAAGCAGAAAGCUGAGCACAUCUGAUGUCAAAGCCGGCACUCUAAAAAACAAAAAAAUGUACUGCUUUAUCUGCAAAGAGAAUGUGAACACGAGCCUGCGAACUCACAUGAAAACCCACUUUCCCACCGGGGACUACGCCUGCCCUCGAUGUGACAGCAGGUUUAAACUCUUCACGUCCUUUAAGAUGCACCUGCGCAGAACGUGUUUCGAGUACGGAAAGCAGCAGGUGGAUCCCGAGAAGCCGGACGAAGCCAAGAACCUUUACAAAUGCAACGAAUGCCAAGAGGCGUUCAGGUACAAAAUUUCACUGGACAGACACAAACUGACCCACAACGACCUGUACUGCAGCGUGUGCAGGAAGGUGUUGCGGGACACGGCGGCGUUGGCGCGGCACAAAGCCUCACACACCCUGUUUCAGUGCACCCGCUGCGAGGAGACCUUCACUCUCUUCAUGCCUUUACUCAGACACUGUGAGAACAUCCAUAAAAUCGGCCGACCGUUCAAAUGCAACCACUGUCCCAAAACGUUACCCAAGCUCCGCUUCUUAAUCCUGCACGAGUGGACGCACACGGGUCACCUGCCCUUCCAGUGCGCGCUGUGCAGCUGCAGGUUCAAAUCCGACGCAGAUCUCAUUUACCACGAGAGGGUCCACACGAAGGAGAAACCCUACCUGUGUUCAGAGUGCGGCAAGACGUUCUCCCAGAAUUCCAACCUGCUGCGGCACCUGAACCUCAUCCACGGCGAGUUUCGAAACGAGAAGAAGCAUUCGUGCUCUCAGUGUGAGAAAUCCUUCAAAGAGAAAGGAGCCCUGAAGAAACACCAAAGGAGCAAACACCUGAACGAGCUCUUCCGCCAUCCGUGCCCCUACUGCGGGAAGAUGGUCUCCGCGACAACGCUCGCCAGACAUAUAUUAAUCCAUACCGGACAGAGACCGUUCAAAUGCACCGUGUCUGAGUGUGACAAGUACUUCAGGUCGACUUCUGAAGUGAAGAAGCACGUCCUCAUACAACAUACCACAGAGAGACCGUACAAAUGUGAUGUCUGUGGGAAGGGCUUCAUAAAAAUGUGUUUCCUCAACUCACACGCUAAAAUACACUCAGGAGAAAAACCCUUUGUUUGUCAUAUCUGCGGAAAGGCUUUCCUCAAACUCUACAGCAUGCAGAGACACAAAAAUCUGGUACAUACAUUUGUGACACACUAACAUCACAUGGUGGGUGUGGUAUGCUAAGAAAAUCACUUUUCAACCUACGGAGGUUUUGCUGAACCAGUGACUGCCUUCAAAUGUUUUAUAUAGAACUGAAUUAAAAGAUAACUUUGCACUCCUCUAAUAUUGACCGACAGUUUUUUUUAAACCAAAUCAAAAUCGUUGCAGCAGAACUACAGAUAUUGUAUGUAUUAUUUAACACAUUUGUCUUCAAGUUAAAACUUAGUGCCUUCAUUACCCACAGUUGAACUUGGCAAUUUGUGUAGUUUAUCACCAGCUGCCACGGCGUGUCUGGUAUUAUUUGUCCUGGAGACACCUACUCUAGCGGGAACUUGCACAACGGACGUGUUGAUUAUUUCAAACCUUUGUAACCGUGUAAGACACACUCAUUAAACUUUACAGGUGUGAAGUUGAGAUCAAACCUCUUUAGUCUGCUGCUCGUCUCUGAGCGACCAAUAGCAUAACACAGUUGAGUCGCAUCAUCAUGAGUAAUGGAGGUAGAAUGUGGGAAAUAAAUAAAAGUGAUAUUUGUGGUUCUCCUGCAAUCAUUUUGAUCAUUUUAAAACUGUAAACUCAACUCUGUUUACAGAAGAAUUGAGUUCUUCUUGGGAACCUUCACUGCAGCAGAAAUGUUUUUGAGCCAAGACACAAUCCUGUCUCUGAGCUCUGCAGCAGCUCCUUCCUCCUCAUGGUUUCUGCUCUGAUCUGUAUUGUCAGCUGAGAGACCUUGUAUAGACAGGUGUGUGUCCAAUCAGCUGAGUUUACCACAGGGGGACUCCACUCACGGUGUAGAACCCUUUCAGAGAUGAUCCAGGGAAAUGGAGGAACCAGAGCUAAACUUCAAGAGUCAGAGCAAAGUGUCUGAAUACUUAUAUCAAUGUCAUAUUUCAGUUUUUACUCUUUAAUAAAUGUGCAUUUUUUGUCAAUUU